GCGGCACGAGCUCGCGCCGCCCCGCACCAUGGAGUUCUCGGAGAGGAGGAGGAGCAGGAAAUCCCAGAGCUUCAAACUGGUGAGCCGAGAUUAUCACCAUGAGGUGUAUAAGAUCUCAGAACUCAGCCAUGAUGUUAAUGGGGAGGCCAAAGAGACACAGCCCAUUUUUUUAGGAGAUGAGAGCAUGGAAAUUAAAAAGCAAAUUACAGGGAUGAGAAGAUUGCUGAACGACAGCGCGGGGAGGAUAUAUCAGCGUGUCGGCAAAGAGGGAGAAAAAUUAAAAGAAGAGCCCCAGGACUUGGAUUUAGUGUGGCCUCAGCGUCUGAACUCCUCUGCUGAGACCCCUCAGAACGUACACCCCCCUUCACGUGGUGUGUGGAAUGAGCUACCACCCCAAAGCGGGCAGUUCUCAGGGCAAUAUGGCACCCGCUCUAGAACUUUCCAGAGUCAGCCUCAGACCGCUUCAAGUUCUAAUGGAGAACUUCCGGUGGUGAAUUCAUCAGUUGGAUCAAACUGCUGUACUUGUAACUGCCAGUCAACAUUGCAGGCCAUUCUGCAGGAACUCAGGACCAUGAGGAAACUGAUGCAGUUUCAAGCAGUUGGAACUCAAAACAGACAACAACCCCCAAUUUCCCUUAUAUGCUCCCAGCGAACUGCUGUCUCACGCAAGAGAAAUAAAAAGAAAAAAGUGCUCCCAAAGACCGGGGACCCUGUGACUGUGAAACCAAAGCCCAGUGUGCUGGAAAUGGACAAGAAGCCAGCUGCCGAGGCCAUGGGACAGUCUGGUCUCCAAGCCAAGGAGCACAUGUCUGCCGAGGAGAGCCGUGUCCCGGGAUUUGGCAUUGUUCUUGAAUCACCUUCCUCAGAUCCAGAAGUGCAACUUGCUGAAGGCUUCGAUGUGUUUAUGCCUAAAUCUCAGCUGGACCCUAUAUUGUCAAACUACACUCGCUCAGGAAGCCUUCUGUUUAGAAAACUGGUGUGUGCGUUUUUUGAUGACAAGACUUUGGCUAACUCCCUACCCAAUGGGAAGAGGAAAAGAGGACUCAAUGACAACCGGAAAGGACUAGACCAAAAUAUUGUGGGUGCAAUCAAAGUCUUCACAGAAAAGUACUGUACUGCUAACCAUGUGGAUAAACUUCCUGGCCCAAGAGACUGGGUACAGAUUCUACAGGAUCAAAUUAAACUGGCCAGAAGAAGGUUAAAAAGAGGCUCAGCAGAGGUGGCUGACGGUGAUGAAAGACUGGACGGCAUCUCUCUACCACCAACAGGUAACCUGUUUGCCGCCAGGAGAGAACACGCGGAGGAGCCAGAAGCAGAUUUCAUUGCCUAGACUUGCAUUUAGUGGCCUUGGUCAUUAGCAUACUCUUCUGUUUCCUCAAAGAUCCAUGUAGCACUUCAGCUUCCUGCAAAGUGUGGGUGUUCUGUGGCGUCAUGUUUAAAGAGUUACAAAUGGGUUCUUUGUAAUAUGUGAUAUGACACCUCCAGUUUGGUAUAAGAAUUUUUUUUAAAAAAAUCAUUUUUAGAAUUCCUUCCCUUUCAAAGUCCAUCAUGAAGGAGCCAUUCUCUUCCUGGCUUUCUCAUUCAUGCCCUCAAUGUGAAUAUACAGAGUUUUAAAACAUAUUUAUUUUAUUGUAUAUCGCUUAGCUGCAUGUGAAGGAAAAUGGUUCUUUCCAGGACUGACUGGGUGGUUAUGGAAGUAAAAAGUAUGCCUUUGUCAGCUUGUUCGGGGAGGGAGGACAGCUCUGACCUGGUGGAUGAAAUCGUAGAUGACAUCAGUCAUAAUAGCUCACAACAACCAUUCGGAACUGCAGAAGUACAAGUGAUGUAUGAAUUCUUAGGAAAUGAGAACCUUUUAUGUAAUUUAUAAUGACACAGGGAUGAAAUAAUGAGCUCAAAGUGACCGGUUACCCACCUGAUAGCCAACAUGUUCUCAGAUGGCUUGCAGUGGGCGCCCCAAGGUUUUGACACUGUUCAUGCUGAAGAUUCUACAGUUUGCUCCCCGGGACACUGCUCUCCACUUCACUACAGGAAAUCUGAACCUAUUUUAAAGAGCUGUCUUGCCAUGAGGGUAUUUGUUUUGUAGAAAUAUUUACUUCCAGAUUGCUUUCACUAAUAAAAUAGUGUGUUGAAAAUAACAUAUUAAAAUUUAGAAACAUCAUGUUUACACAUCAUUUAUUGUGUACAGAAAAUUGCCAUGAAUCUUUGGCAUUUAACACAAAGGCCAAAAUUGACAUGAAAGAAAUGUGACUGCAGAUUGCCAAACUCGGGAUUAAUGGUGCGGUGCUGGAGCCCAGCUCCUCCCCCGGUACACAGCUAGCUGUUGCUGCUGAAGGGAUUCAGUUCCCCCUGCUCUGCCGCUGAGGGCACUGAGGAGGGGUAAGUGAUUGCCCGGGGUCAGGUUAGUGGAAGUGGAUGGCCGUCCUGCCCUGUGUGCGAGGUACUGCGUCACACCCCACUGGACAUCCAAAGCUAGAGACAGGACCCCUCGGGCGAGGCAGUGUGCCGCUAACACUGACAACUGAGGAUGCUGCACGAUAUCCCUGCAAUGUGACAAAAACCUGGUUUCAGGUGUGGCUUGUGGAAUUUAGCCUAGCUAUCAGACAGUUGCAUCUCAUACACGUACGUCUUAUUUUACUUCCUUUGGAAGCUACAAGGAUGGCUUAGAGAAACUAUUCCCAUCAUACCUUUCGGUUGCCUGGUCCUUGCAGCCAGUACGACCACUUUCACGAAGCUGGCCCUUUGUCUGUGUCCUGAUCAACUGCACAGAGAGCAGGACUUGUACUUAACUCUGCAGCAGAUGCUAGAAAAAAUGCCCUCUGCCUCCGAGAAUGAAAUAUUCCUCAAGGGAGUAGGAAAGAUGAAUUAGCGACCUUUACUCUAUUAAACUAUGAUGAAUUCGUUGCUAGGAAAGGUAGAAACAUUGACUUACAACAGGAGAUCUGAUGAACACGCACUGUGAACCUUGAAAAGCACUUCCUUCCCAGGCCAGGUGGCAGCCUGGAGUCUCAGUACUUGAGGAGGGGUAGGGAUUAUCCAGCCCACAGAUAUGUGCAGUGGAGUCACACAUGGGAAAGACAUAUCAAAACUGCAACAGGAAAAUCAUAUUUUGUACAUUAAAAUUUUUUUUGUGUUAACUUACUGUGACUACUGUUUGGACUUUGUUCAGAAAUCCCUUUUACAGGCUUUCUUAGCAAAAACAAGUCCAUACCUAUGGAUAAUGUGUCUUGGUCUUCUGUACAUAUGUUUUAUUAAUAUGUAAAUACUUAGAUUUUUUAAAUUACUAUGCUCUGUAAAAGAAAAGAAUUCAACGCAAAGCUAGUUGUGAAAAUGGUGUAUAACACUGUGUUGUGAUAUCCACUCUCAAGAUGCUCUUUAUGUCCAUUCUGGAAGAAUACAAUAAAUUACUUUAAUUGAA